UAUUAUUUCAUGAUGAUUUCGGGCGUUGAUGUAUGAAAGUGUUAAUUUCGCUAAGAUAUUUUAUCGGAAUAUCUCACUGUACAGUGUGUAUAUUUUCAGAAGACAUUUUAUUUUAUCGAAUUCAAUUCUAGAAAGCUAAAUGCGAUCAUAUUAUUUCGAUGGAGGAGUCAGGCGGGCAUGGCAAACGGAAGCAAUCGGAGCGGAAUAAUUCUGUGGACAGAGUCACCAUGAAUGAUCCACCAUUAGCUGACCGUGCAUCGAGCUCCAACCUAUUGGAAACCCAGCCGGACCGAACAGAAGUGCAGAUUCUACUGCGUGGAAAUUUUAACGAGGACUUUCUGUCGACAUCCAAGACUUUUCCGCCCGGUUUCCGCAAAACUGUCCCUCCAUGCGAGCUUCAGGGUUUCAUGGGUGUCGCAGCCACCUUUCGCCCUGUUUUACCGUCCAGUUUUUAUUGCGCUGAAUUCUCAAACGUAGUCAGUUCCCGCAAUGUGAUGCUGCAGAAAGCCGGUGGCGCGGUAUGUGCGGCGUACGAAAUCGCCUACGGCGACCAGAUUGCCGUAUACUCGACGUUUAUGACGUCCGUCCUUGAAGAUCAGCAGAUCCCGUAUCAACCACAGACAUUACCGCAGCGAGCUGUAAUGCGGUUGCAUGAGAAACUUGAAGAUGGGAAGGUCCGUCUGGCGCAGUUUCUCGCCAUGCUGCCCGGGUUCGAGAACAUCAGCCCGACCGAUCGCUCCAUUUUAUUGGCGGAGAAAACGUUCAUCAGUGCUUUGCUCCAUCACAUGAGAUUCUUUUACAAAGGACAAUAUUAUUACCCAUUACCGGGACCCGAACAGAUUCACGCCAACAACUACUGGUUGGAGAUGAUGGGUUUGGAUCCCGAAUUCCUCCGCUUCAGCUACCAAUUUACCGCUGUAUUCAAGGGGAUCGGGCUGACACUUACGGAAUCUUAUCUGCUUCUGGCCAUGGCGAUAUUCGAUCCUCGGACGACCACCGCUUCAGAUAAAGCGCUACUCAGUCAUCUGCACACAUUUUACGCGGAUGCGCUAACGUACAUGAUCGGUAAUGGUCGCCGCGACCCGGCCGAACGCGCCGCUGUCUACCGCAAGCUGAACGAAGCGGCUAAAAUGUACUCCUUGGUGUACCAGAUUUCACUUGGCUGGUAUCAAAAUGUCGACCGGGCGCUGCCUCCGUUUCCCGUACCGUUGAAGACGCUUCUUCAAGACUGCUUGAAACGCAAGUUUCUCCACAUCCAUCCAUUUAGCUACACUCCGUGUAGCUAAAUGGAUGGAUCUUCGAUUUUGAAAGAUAACCUACAUCGAGCGCGGUUUGGAUUUGGAUGGGUGACCACUCUGAGUUCAGGCUGCGAGUGCAAGGCUGUGUGCGAAGUGGUUAGUCGGCAUCAGCGCUGACCGUACGGAGUGGCGUGUACGUUUCCUCGACGCCUGUGGUCAAUACGGAUUCUACAUGGAUCAACUCACCACUUCGAUGCCGUACGUGGACGUACGAAGGGGCCUCAACUUCGACUCAACUGUGAUACGGAUGCGAUAUAGAGUGAUACUGAUCUUGUUGUUCUGUGGCUUUGUGCCUUGUGCAUGACGUAGCUUUGUGCCCGUAUUAGCCUACAGCAAUUCUGUGACGUGUUGCUUCUCUAGCGUACGUAUUACUGGUGUUUAACGAGUUGUGGUGACUUGACUAGCCUUAGCAUAUUUGAUGUU